AUGAGAUUAGCCAACUGCGCAGGAGAUAUUAUAGUGCUCAAGUGUACGCGCAGACACAAGUGCACUCUCUAUUCCUAUCACUCUGAUACUCCGGUGGGACGACCACUCGACACAACCGGUAAAAAAUGGCGCUCACUCACCCCACAAGAUCGACGGCCGUUCGUUGAGGAAGCUGAGCGACUACGCGUGAUACAUAUGACAGAACACCCCAACUACAAAUAUCGGCCACGACGACGAAAACAGAACAAAGCUAGGCCUAAUCAACCAACUGCGCCAUCUAGCGCUCCACCGCCCUCAUCUGCUACACUAGGUUCGCCGUACGCAACCAACACCGAUUCACCAGAUGCACGUUUUUCCCAUAACCCAGGAGCUGGUUUCUCUCCAUACAGGACCUCACCUCUUGCUUCAGACUCAUUUCAAUCGAGUCAAUACAAUGGUCACGUUCAAACUCCGGAAUCUUCCCCCGCUAGGUCCCCAGAACCUCAAGGAAGAAGGAGCGCCCCAGCUGAAGCUCCUUUACCUACUCCAGACGCCUCGCCUGUAGAAAAUGAAAAGGAGAACUUUCAAUAUGAGGAGAGGCGAAGAGCUAUCAAUGCGUCUUCUUUAUCAGACUCUUACCCCUAUAAAUCGUUCAGAACAAAUUCAUUUUCCCCAGCUCCUGUAGCAGCUAUGGGGAUGGCUAAUGGUAUGUACGUUAUGUGCACACAGAGGACGUUAGCUGAACAGCCGCCUCUCGUAACAGGGACAUUCUUUCCACCUGUUGCGACUUCUCAAGACCAGCAGGCAUUAGGAUCUACUGCUCCAAGAGUAUCAUCAGCGCCUAGUGGUCCUAUGACCUCAGAAUACAGCAUUCAAUAUCAUCCAUAUGAACAGUACGAGCAAAUGUACAAAACUGAGGACUCUUACGUAUCUCAUUACCCAGAUCAACCUAAAACUGAGUAUGAGGAAUAUAAUACUGGAGGAACCUACUUUGCAGAGGAACCGCCAAAUCAGCCACAAGAAGAGCAGCAAAUUUUAAAUUCCAGGCCGGAAAUACGCACUGGAUCUCCUGAAUCAGAUGUAGAUGCGAGAGAGUUUGAUAAAUAUCUUGAUUAUGGGACUGAGGGUGCAAUGGAGCAGUACAGAUACGAGCAACAGCAACAGCAGCAGUAUCGGCCGCCGUACUGCGGAGAACAGACGCCUGCCCCUGAAUAUUGCUCAGAAAGAAUGUACCCAUCUCCGUACGCUUCUGUGAUCUCAGGAGCGCCUCCCGCAGGUCCCUACACGCCGGCGCCACCGGGCACCGAUGUCCGACCGGAUGAUGAAUUCAGCGUCAUCCUAGCAGGUGUCAGACAAACCUGCUACAGCAAU